AUCAUAUAUAUAGUCAUAGUCGUACAUUUAUUAUGUCGGAGUUAUUGUGUGACUUCGUCAUCGAAAUCAAUGGACUUGCCACUAAGUUAAUUAUAGCCGUUUACAAUUAGCAGUCUACAUUUGUAAAAUAAACAAGACAGUAUGUUAUGAUACGAUGUAUUACAUAUAAGUUAUAAGACAGUUCAAAUAUUGUGCAUUAUUGAGUUAAUGUUAUCGCCAUUAAACGAAAAUAUAACUUCUGUAAUAUAUGUUUACAAUUAUAUGAACUAAUGGCAGACAAUGAAAUAGUAGAAAUUAAUCCCCGAAGUUGGAUUUGGGAUUGGUUCAGCUGGUCAGGAAAUUCUGCAACAAUGUUGAGAGCAGCUGAAAAAAAAAUACUUUCACAUUUAAAAAGUGCUUACCGAGGACUGUACGUCGACAUUGGUGCUAAUGUUGGUACAGCAGAUAAAAUUUGGACGAUUUCACUCAAUGAACAAUCUCCUAAAACCCCUAUUGUACUUCUUCAUGGAUUAGGAGCUGGAGUAGCGCUAUGGUGCCUUAAUCUUGAUAGCCUUUCACAAGAUAGACCAGUUUAUGCAAUAGAUCUUUUAGGAUUCGGAAGAAGUAGUCGACCAAAUUUUAGUAACGAGGCGCUAAAAGCUGAAACUCAACUAGUACGCUCAGUUGAAGAAUGGAGAAGAGAAAUGGAGUUAGAUAAAUUUGUUUUAUUAGGACAUUCUAUGGGUGGUUUCCUCGCUGCCUCGUAUGCAAUACAAUAUCCGAAUCGAGUACAACAUCUUAUUCUUGCUGAUCCCUGGGGAUUUCCAAAAAAACCAACCGAUGCACACACGAGAUACAAUAUACCUUUUUGGGUAAAAGCUAUUGCGUUUAUGGUGCAACCUCUCAAUCCUCUGUGGGCAGUGCGAUUUGCUGGUCCUUUUGGUCAGUGGCUUAUAGAAACUACACGGCCAGACAUUGUAAAAAAAUAUGUUCCAGUUCUUAAAGAUGACGCAAAUUCAAUUUUCCAAUAUCUUCAUCAGUGUAACACCCAAACACCCUCCGGUGAAAGUGCAUUUCAUGCAAUGAUGGAAGGUUUCGGUUGGGCAAAAAAUCCUAUGAUCGAACGAAUUCAUUUAAUAGAUGAUGAAGUACCGAUAACAAUGAUUUAUGGUAGUCGAUCUUGGGUAGACAAUUCUGCAGGAGAAGCAAUUAGACAAAAGCGAGAAAAGUCUUAUGUAAAUAUUCAGGUCAUAUCAGGUGCUGGUCAUCAUGUUUACGCCGAUAAAAGUGAAAUUUUCAACAAACACGUUCUUGAAGCGUGUGAGUUGAGUGACAACAUACCCAAACUCACAUCACAACAUGUCAAACAGUCUUCAAAAAUUUUUCCUCGAAAACUUGCUCCAUUACCAAUUGACUCCACAGAUUCAAAAUCCGAAAAUGAAGAUGACAGUCAGGACGAAACAUUGCCAGGUCAAACAUCAACUAAUUUAGAACCUAAGACAAUUCGCCCGAAAACAACCUAACAAAAAAAAAAUUUAUAUUUUUUUUAUAGAAUCAAUUUUUUUUUUUUUUAUUAAUUAAUAUUACCUUAACCAAUAUUGAUCAGAAUAAUUAUAAUUAUACUAUGUUAUUUGUAUAUUAUUAUUAUUAUUUAUUCUCUUAUCAAACGAAAAUUGAAUAAGGAUUUUUCGUUUUUAAAUAACGUAAUUGAUUAUACAAAGUAAUUAAUAAAUCUAAUUUGUUUACAAAUCA